UAUUUUAUAACCUGUACCCAGACGAAAAAGUAUUAAUUGAUGCCGACAUCCGACAUAAGAAUAUCUUUUUACUAUAAUUUGGAUGGGCCCGGCUAGGCUAGCAGAGCUGGCUUUUGUUUUAUAUAAAUCUAUAUUAAGAUGCCAAAUUAUGAACAGAUUGUAUAUAAGGGAGAUCAUGUUAUUCCAAUAUAUCAAAGGAAUGGUCUGUUGGAAGAAAGAAACUUGAACAUAAAUAUUUUUGAUUUUGGUGAUAAGCUGCAAAUUAAACUGCGAGAUUUGUCAGAAUAUUCCUUCAACUUUACAGACUAUGUGGAUCUGGGGGAUUUUGAAGUUAUGAGAGUAAAUCAAUGUUUGGAUAUCAACUACUCAGAAUUUAAAACCAAUAUUGUGGAAAUGCUUUAUCAGUUUCAGAAAAAAGAAUUGUUUUUAAAAUGUGAAUUGUCGGAAAAAUCGUGCACCUUAGUUUUCUUCACGAAAUCAAAAAUAAAAAGCAUAGUCUAUUUGACCUUAGAACUGAAGCCCACAGACCACAAAGAAAUUAUAUCUGAAAUGUAUUUGGAAAUAAAUGAGCUUCAGGAAGUUAAUAAUAGGCUACAGAAACAACUUUCAACAUCUAGAAAAUUAGUUCAAGAAAAAGAGGCAGACUUAAAAGAUCUUGAAGUUGCAAAAAAAGCAGAGGUUGAACAAUUUUGUAAGAGUCUUGAACAUAUUGAAAAGUUCUUUAACUCCAAAUCGAGUUCAAUAUAUAAUCAUUUGAUAGGCAAAAUUUCGAUAUUUAAUAAACAAAUAUCAGGGCUACAAAUUAAGAUAAAGGUGUUAAAAGAGGAGAAUAAUUUAAAAGUGGAUUCGAGUGAUCGCCUUAUUCGAACCAUGGAAAAUCUUAGAGUGGAAAAUAUGGAAAGUAAUCAGACCAUUAACGAUUUAAAAAAGGAGAACAGUACCUUAAAUAUUUUAAGGGUUAAAUUGGAGAAAAAUGUAGCAGAUUUACAAAAGAAUUUGGAAACCCUUCAAAUUGCAAACAGAAAUAUGGAAAAUAAAAAGACUGAAUUGGAAAAAGAUCUUGAAAAAUUAAGUAUAAUCGUAACACAGAAGGACAGCAAAAUCAGCGAACUUUCAAAAGAUUUAGUACAGGCAAAUAAUAUGCUUGUGCAGUUCAAUGGCCAUUUUGACAUAAAGCAACAACAGGUGGAUGAACUGCAAGAUGACUUAUCUAAGAAGGAGAAAUUCAUAAUAGAGCAGAAAUGCAAAAUGAACCAAAUUUUGCAAUCAUUUCAAGACUACAAGUCCAAAUUUAAUAAGGAAAAUCUUGAUAACAUGCGGCGCGAUUUACUCUCCGCAAACAAGAGAAUUCAUGACAUGGAAGAGGAAAUUAAGAAAUUAAACAAAAUAAAUGCUCUACUAUCGCAAAAAAUGAGCCAAGGUGGAUAUCUUAAUAACAGGAAGUAAAAAGAGGUGUGUUCUUAGGGUUAAACUAUUUUUUCCUUUGUAAAUAAAAUAGUAUAAUAAAAUAGUUUUGAUUUGUG